AGGCUACAACAUUUGCGAAGCGGCGCUGCGCGGUAAGAAAGGUACGCACGGUGAAGCAAAAGAGGAGUGAAAUAGGUGUUCUCGCAGAUCAAGAAUUUUGCAUUAGGAAUUGUUAUCAAUGGAUUGCCGAAACGAUGGGUGCCCCAGACCCCAUGAGGAAGACAUCAUGGACAUACCCCUGGACGAUCCUGAAGCCAACAAGGCAGCCGCCAAGAUCCAGGCCAGCUUUCGUGGUCACAUGACCCGCAAGAAAAUGAAGGAUGAAAAACCCAGGGAGGAGAAGCGACGGGAGCAGAAAUAGAAGAGACCGAGAGGUCAGCACCUGAGCUGUGAGGUCUGGGUUCUUGGCAAUUACCAUACACCACUGCAAUAUCAAGAGCUCUUAUCGCAAAAAGAGGGAAAAAACAAUGGCACUAUACCGCACAAAUAGAACUAGAUCUAGGUUUGGAGUACCACCCCUCUGCUGAUCUGUGAACUCUCUCUGUCUUUCUCUUACACACAAAUGGUACACCCAUGCAAAAACACAAACACAUACAGCAUAUUGACAUUCUCAAACAUACAUGCACACUCAAUGAAGCACACUUAUUUUCCUCCUCUAGUAUCAGGUUAGAUGUCUGUGACUCAACAUAAUCUUCCAUGGCAUGAAUUUUAAUGUAAACAAACAAGUGCACUCAAGUGAAAAUAAUAUUUGAAUGACUCAAGUCAUUUUGCUCCACUCAGCGCAGGUAGGUCUGGAGGCAAGGAUUGGUUGAGAUGGAGAUAUGUAGAUUUGUGUUCACUUAACUGGCUAUUAACAGUAAUUUUACAGCAUGUAAGUAUGCACUGUCUGAAAUGACAGUUUCUGUAUUUUUUUUCUUCUUGGUGGAAGUGGAUUGUAAAAACUACCCUUUCAAUGUUGUAUUUAUGUUUUACUUUAAUGUUUUAUUCAAUUUAAUUCUUCUGGAUUGUGGUCUUUGUUGUAUAGAUAUUGUAACCAUUUAAAUAUAUAAAGUACAUGUAUGUGUUUUGAUGGUUUUGAUGGCUUGAUUG